CGCAGGCCUGGGGGCGGCCGGUGAUAACUCGUGUAUCUGGCAGGAGUAGCAGCAGCUGCCCUGUGGCGCGGCUGCUGGAGCCGCGAACUAGAGAAACAGACACGCCUCAUAGAGCAACGGCGUCUCUCGGGGCGUGGAGCCCGCCAAGCUCCAGCUGAGCUUUCGCUUGCCAUCCACCACUGCCCACCACUGUUGUUUGCUGCCGUCGCAGACCCGCCGCUGACUUCCAUCCAUCAGGAUCCUGCAAGGUGUCUGCUGUGCUCCUGAUCCAGCAAGGCGCCCAUUGCCACUCCCGAUCGGGCUAAAGGCUUGCCAUUGUUCCUGCACGGCUAAGUGCCUGGGUUCAUCCUAAUCGAGCUGAACACUAGUCACUGGGUUCUAUGGUUCUGUUCCAUGACCCACAGCUUCCAAUAGAGCUAUAACACUCACCGCAUGGCCCAAGAUUCCAUUCCUUGGAAUCCGUGAGGCCAAGAACCCCAGGUCAGAGAACAUGAGGCUUGCCACCAUCUUGGAAGUGGCCCACCACCAUCUUGGAAGUGGCUCACCACCAUCUUGGGAGCUCUGUGAGCAACGACCCCUGGUUUCUGAUAACUUUGGAGAUUGUGACAUCAGAAUAGAUGAAAAACUUUCAGGAGUCAUGGAGAGAUGAAAUAUUCAUGAAUAUCAAGCAGAACAGGAAUUAACUGCAUGGAUGAAACUAAUAGAAGUCUGAAGUAAUCUGUUUAACUUUUUGCCUAAAAUGGUGCUGAUCCUUUUGUUUUUCAAAGUCAAGAAAAUGUUUAAGCUAUUUACAGCUUUUAACAAUUGAGACACAAUUGGAGAAACUAGUUACUUUACCAAGGCUCUUUACUGGGAUGGUGUUCUUUGCUUUAAGGAAUCAAACUUGACUUAUGGAAUCAAUACAAGCCCCUUGGGAAAACUGGCCUCAUACUUUUGUCUACACAGUCCCUGUACAGGUUUCCUGACCUGUGGCUGGAGAGUGCAGGAGCAUGAUCUUGGCUCUCUACAACCUCUGCCUCCUGGGUUCAAGUGAUUCUCCUACCUCAGCCUUCUGGGUAGCUGCGACUACAGGUAUGAAACUAUCCAUGAAGAAAAAUAUUAUCAAUACACAGCAGUCUUUUGUAACCAUGCCCAAUGUGAUUGUACCAGAUAUUGAAAAGGAAAUACGAAGGAUGGAAAAUGGAGCAUGCAGCUCCUUUUCUGAGGAUGAUGACAGUGCCUCUAUAUCUGAAGAAUCAGACAAUGAAAACCCUCAUGCAAGGGGUUCCUUUAGUUAUAAGUCACUCAGAAAGGGAGGACCAUCACAGAGGGAGCAGUACCUGCCUGGUGCCAUUGCACUUUUUAAUGUGAACAACAGCAGCAAUAAGGAUCAGGAACCAGAAGAAAAAAAGAAAAAGAAAAAAGAAAAGAAGAGCAAGUCAGAUGAUAAAAACGAAAAUAAAAAUGACCCAGAGAAGAAAAAGAAGAAAAAGGACAAAGAGAAGAAAAAGAAAGAGGAGAAAAGCAAAGAUAAGAAAGAAGAGGAGGAGAAGAAAGAAGUUGUGGUUAUUGAUCCCUCAGGAAACACAUAUUACAACUGGCUGUUUUGCAUCACAUUACCUGUUAUGUACAACUGGACAAUGGUUAUUGCCAGAGCAUGUUUUGAUGAACUUCAAUCUGAUUACCUAGAAUAUUGGCUCAUUUUGGAUUACGUAUCAGACAUAGUCUAUUUAAUCGAUAUGUUUGUACGAACAAGGACAGGUUACCUAGAACAAGGACUGCUGGUAAAGGAAGAACUUAAACUCAUAAAUAAAUAUAAAUCCAACUUGCAAUUUAAACUUGAUGUUCUGUCACUGAUACCAACUGAUUUGCUGUAUUUUAAGUUAGGGUGGAACUAUCCAGAAAUUAGAUUAAACAGGUUGUUACGGUUCUCUCGUAUGUUUGAGUUCUUCCAGAGAACAGAAACAAGGACAAACUAUCCAAACAUCUUCAGGAUUUCCAACCUUGUUAUGUAUAUCGUCAUCAUUAUCCACUGGAAUGCAUGUGUGUUCUACUCUAUUUCUAAAGCUAUUGGAUUUGGAAAUGAUACAUGGGUCUACCCUGAUAUUAACGAUCCUGAAUUUGGCCGUUUGGCUAGAAAAUACGUAUAUAGCCUUUACUGGUCUACACUGACUUUAACUACCAUUGGUGAAACACCCCCUCCCGUGAGGGAUUCUGAGUAUGUCUUUGUGGUGGUUGAUUUCCUAAUUGGAGUGUUAAUUUUUGCUACCAUCGUUGGUAACAUAGGUUCUAUGAUUUCCAACAUGAAUGCAGCCAGAGCAGAAUUUCAAGCAAGAAUUGAUGCUAUCAAGCAAUAUAUGCAUUUUCGAAAUGUAAGCAAAGAUAUGGAAAAGAGGGUUAUUAAAUGGUUUGACUACCUGUGGACCAACAAAAAAACAGUUGAUGAGAAAGAAGUCUUAAAGUAUCUACCUGAUAAACUAAGAGCAGAAAUUGCCAUCAACGUUCACUUAGACACAUUAAAAAAGGUACGCAUUUUUGCUGAUUGUGAAGCUGGUCUGUUGGUGGAGUUGGUCUUGAAAUUGCAACCUCAAGUCUACAGUCCUGGAGAUUAUAUUUGCAAGAAAGGGGAUAUCGGACGAGAGAUGUACAUUAUCAAGGAAGGCAAACUCGCUGUGGUGGCAGAUGAUGGAGUCACUCAGUUUGUGGUAUUGAGCGAUGGCAGCUACUUCGGUGAGAUCAGCAUUCUUAACAUUAAAGGGAGCAAAGCCGGCAAUCGAAGAACGGCCAAUAUUAAAAGUAUUGGCUACUCAGACCUGUUCUGUCUCUCAAAAGAUGACCUCAUGGAAGCUCUAACUGAGUACCCAGAUGCCAAAACUAUGCUGGAAGAGAAAGGGAAGCAGAUUUUAAUGAAAGAUGGUCUACUGGAUCUAAACAUUGCAAAUGCUGGCAGUGAUCCUAAAGAUCUUGAAGAGAAGGUUACUCGAAUGGAGGGGUCAGUAGACCUCCUGCAAACAAGAUUUGCCCGAAUCUUGGCUGAGUAUGAGUCCAUGCAGCAGAAACUGAAACAAAGAUUAACCAAGGUUGAGAAAUUUCUGAAACCGCUUAUUGACAGAGAAUUUUCAAGUAUUGAGGGACCUGGAGUGGAAAGUGGGCCCAUCGACUCUACAUAGAACCGAAAAGCUGGUCAUUAACAGGGACAUGCCUCAUGAUCAUUUUGAUCCUGUGACUGACAUCAACUAAAAUUUAAAAAGAAGAGGAAGACUCAGUUGGGAAAUUUUUCCAUGAGGAAAGUGUGCUUUGGUGCAAGGUACAAGGCCCACACCCUCUCUAAGAGAUACUAUGAUUAAAAAAGCUUUAUAUCUUGGGAUUUUUCACAACCGAUAAUGUGCAAAGAUAUAAACUGAUUAACUUGUCAGUGUCUGUAUCUUCUGAUUUUUUCACAUAUGCUCAUUUUAUGUAAUAAUCUUCAUAAAAAUUAAUAAGUAUCCCUCACUUUCAUGCCAUUUCCAUUGUUGA